AUGCUGUCAAUUUUGUGUUUUUUUAACAGUUAUGACGGAGAAUUUGUGUUUGAUGACAGUGAAGCCAUUUUGGGAAAUAAUGAUCUCUUGCCAACAACACCUUUAUCAGAUGUUUUCGAACAUGAUUUCUGGGGCAGAAAGCUGGCCUCUAAAACAAGCCAUAAAUCCUACAGACCUCUAACUGUUCUUACAUUUAGGUUGAACUAUUAUUUAGCUGAAGGAUAUUAUCCUUAUGGAUUUCACCUUAUUAACAUCCUACUCCAUGCCUCUGUCUCAGUUCUUAUUUUGCAAGUGUUUUCUAUUCUUUUUACUGGUUAUUACUCAUCCACUGGUUUUAAUUCACCUAAAGCCUCAUUAUUAUGCGCUGUGCUAUUUGCUAUCCAUCCUGUACACACUGAAAGUGUUGCUGGUAUAGUGGGUCGAGCUGAUUUAUUAUGUGCCUUGUUAUUUUUACUUUCAUUUAUAUCCUAUGCCAAAUCUUGUAACAAUGGUAAGUACCUCUACAUAAAUGGUAUCUAG